CCAGGUGGACUCCAACAACUAGCGGCUUCGGGGCAACCCGGAACUCGGCCCGCGGUACCCGGGGCGGCGGGGGCGCGGCGGGCGGUAGCUGCUGGACAGAGAGGGCCGCGCGCCGGGGCGGGCCGCGCGUGACGCACUUCCGUCCUGCGUCUUCCGGCUUAAAGGGGAGCUAGACCUUCCUCAUAACAACAAAACCAGCGCGCUCGCGCUGGGCGCCGCGGUUUUUAGUCCCCGCCCUCCCGCCACCUGCAGCCGCCUCGACCGCGCCCGGCCCUGCGCCGCCGCGCAGCUGUGUCCUGCCCGAGGGGUCACGCUGAGAGCGGGCCGCGCCCUUUGGCUAACUUCUCCAGCGGCCACCGCGCCACCUCGCGAGACCCUGGGCCGUGCCGUGGCCGCCGUCGAGCAGCAGGAAGGGAGCGGCCGCUGCGGAGGACGCCCGGCAGGACUGUGCUGCCGGCGGCCCUGCCCGGGCUCUAAGGGCGACGGUGGCGGGCCCCGCGGCCUUCUUUCAGUCCGGAGCCCGGCGGAGCCCGGACCUGGCGGGGAAAGCUGCACCCACGGCCGGGCCCCCCAGACUCCGCCGCCGCCACCGCCGCCACUGUCCAUCAUCCUUGGUACCGGCAAUGGCCUUUGUAUCACCCGAUGCACUUGUGACUGACUUGGACACGGAAUAUUAAGAACCUACUUGCCGCCCUCCCCAUACCAGUCGCACCGGCAGUUACCACCUCGGCCCAUUUGGGCUUAAGUACUGCUCCUCUUGACUCUGUUCAACUUUGGGGGCACCAUGGACCAAAGUGGGAUGGAGAUUCCUGUGACCCUCAUCAUUAAAGCACCGAAUCAGAAAUACAGUGAUCAGACUAUUAGCUGCUUCUUGAACUGGACCGUGGGGAAACUAAAAACGCAUCUGUCUAACGUGUACCCUAGCAAACCAUUGACGAAGGAUCAAAGAUUGGUGUAUUCGGGCAGACUGCUUCCCGAUCAUCUGCAGCUGAAAGACAUUCUCAGAAAACAAGAUGAGUAUCAUAUGGUUCAUCUAGUGUGUACUUCUCGGACUCCUCCCAGUUCUCCAAAAUCCAGCACCACUAGAGAAAGUCAUGAAGCAUUGGCAUCCAGCAGCAAUUCUAAUUCAGAUCAGUCAGGAUCAACAACUCCAUCAUCCAGUCAAGAAACCUUGUCUUUAUCUGCCAGUUCUUCCUCGGAAGGAUUGAGGCAACGUACCCUUCCACAAGCACAAACCGACCCAGCACAGACUCAUCAGUUCCCAUAUGUAAUGCAAGGAAAUGUGGACAACCAGCUUCCUGGGCAAGCUAUUCCAGCUGGAUUCCCAGUGUAUCCUGCUUUCAGCCCGCUGCAGAUGCUGUGGUGGCAACAGAUGUAUGCUCAUCAGUAUUAUAUGCAAUAUCAAGCUGCAGUUUCAGCUCAGGCUACAUCAAAUGCCAACCCAGCCCAGCCUGCUGCUUCACAGCCUCUAAAUUUGGCACAUGUUCCUGGAGAAGAACCUCCACCAGCUCCAAACCUAGUGGCCCAAGAAAAUCGACCCAUGAAUGAGAAUGUUCAAAUGAAUGCACAGGGAGGUCCAGUGCUAAAUGAAGAAGACUUCAAUCGAGACUGGCUGGACUGGAUGUACACGUUCUCCCGAGCUGCAAUUCUCCUUAGCAUUGUAUACUUCUAUUCUUCUUUUAGUCGUUUUAUCAUGGUAAUGGGAGCCAUGCUGCUGGUUUAUUUACACCAAGCUGGAUGGUUUCCUUUUAGGCAAGAAGGAGGUCAGCAACAGGCUCCCAACAAUAAUGCCGAAGUUAACAAUGAUGGGCAAAAUGCCAACAACCUAGAACUUGAAGAAAUGGAGCGUCUUAUGGAUGAUGGGCUUGAAGAUGAGAGUGGAGAAGAUGCAGGUGAAGAUGCCAGUGCAAUUCAAAGGCCUGGUUUAAUGGCGUCAGCUUGGUCUUUUAUCACCACCUUCUUUACUUCACUGAUACCAGAGGGGCCUCCCCAGGUUGCCAAUUAGACCUGAAAAACUGUGCCAGCUCCGAAGGAGGGUCUGACUUUAGGAAAGUGUUUUAAAUAACAGUGCAAUUUCAAAAAAAUUUAUUACUUUCUUUUCAUCAUCAUGUACAGAGGUGUUUUUUUCUUUAAGCUUCUCAUGCAUAUGAAUAUUUUAAGCACAAAUGGACUACUAAAUGUGUGAUUUUUUUUUUUCAAGAUCCUAACAGAACAUAGUAUAACAAUAUUGGUCUUCCAGAUUUUAUUAAUUUCAAUUAUGUAUAUUCUGUCAAGGCAGAUCUAUUUGUGUGUCUUAUUUCUUUAAAGAGCUGCUUCACAUAUAAAUGUCUAUAGCUAAUAGCCCAGCCCUUCAGUGUGUAAUUUGAAUAAAUAUAUCUAUUUUCUGUGAAUUAUCCUGAAAGGUUUAAACAGAAUGACCUCAUAGUUUUUAAUAAAGAAUAUUAUUUACCUAAAAUGUGCUAGCAGCAUCUUGCCCAGCCAUAAAGCAAUAAACUUCUCAGUAAUCUUAAUUUUGACAUUUGGAUAAAUAAUGGAAACUUUCUAUUUUAAGGGCAUGUAUCCCAUCAAUUGGAAUUAGUACCUUAAAAAAAAAAGGCAGCUCUUCAAUGGAAUUAAUAGUGAUAUAAAUGUUUGAUACAGGCAGUACUUUUAUAAAAUAUGCUGGAAAUUGCUCCCUGUAAUUUUUUUAAAUAAAAGGUCAAUUAUGGUAAA